AGUGUCUUGCAUCGGCAUACAACUGUACAUCAGGUGAAAAUGCGGGAGGAAAUCAAAUCACUUAUUCAUUAUCCUAUUCAUUACCACGUCACUUAUGAUGUAGUUAAAAAGAACGGAUUCAACGUGGACGGUGAACGAUGGGCCAACGACGCUAAGAAGACGUUUGCUAGACUGGAAUUAGAUCCAUCAGAGGAACUGAAUGCGAUCACAAUUGGAUGCGGAAAUGGUAUGGUUGACGAGCCCAUUAUAGACACCUUGUUGAAUAAGUACCCGAAGAUCCGCUACACGGCUGUGGAUCCACUUCCUGACGAACUUGGAAAGUUUGAAAAAAUGGCUAAAGAUAAUGAGAAGAAAUGGGGAAAUGUCAAGUUUGACUUUCAAGUCACUACUAUUGAAGAAUAUUUGGAAAGGGUAGAGAAGCGGAAGUUCGGAUUGAUAAUUCUUUCACAUGCAGCCUAUCAUUUCCAGAACGUAGAAGUCACUUUGGCUCAUUUAUAUAAGAAUAAUCUGGUCACAGGAGGAAUGUUUUUUUGCAGGAUGAUUUCAGGUGGAUGGGAAAAACUAACCCUGAAGAUUGGAGAGCACUACUAUGACCCAGAUCAAGGUUUCAUCGGUUCACAGACAGUAAAAGAUAUGUUAAAGCGUCAAAUUCCAGAUAUCGAACUGGAAAUCGUACCCAGAGGCUGCUUGUUGAAUGUUACGGAAUGCUUCGAUGAACAAUCACAAGACGGGGGUUACAUGCUAGAAUGCAUGACACAAAUUUACGAUUUCCGCAGUUUUUGCAAACCAGAAAUAAAGAAAGAUAUUAUGGAGCAUUUAAAAAAUAAGUGUUGCAAGAAAGAAGGGGACAAAUACUUUCUAAUGGCAGACGAGGAAGAUCUGAUUGCAUUCGGCAAAUAAACUGUUAGUGACAAAUUCAGAAAUGACUUGUUAUACAAAUUAAAUAAUUAAUAUUCAAAUUUAAAAUUGAAGCACGUAGAAAGACAAAUUCAAUUUCAGCACACAAAUACUUUUUGAAAGUGAUAUUUUAUUAAGAGUAAGCAAGCUAUGAAAGUGAGUGUCUGUUACCAGUCCGCGAACAAUGACAUUGACAUUUUCUUCUUGGUAUCCUGGGUGGACCACUGUCAGAUUUGUUUAUUUCGAGAAAAUAUGUUUUCUUCAUUAUAUUUUUGCCAUUUUUGGGUCGCCUUCUUCUUAGCAACUACCAGCUCAAUUGCUUUUUAUACUUGAUAUGUACGGUCCAAGAUUGAUCCUCAUGAGAUUUGUACAAAAGAUGAUAACAAUUGUAAUUGCCAUGGCAGUAUCCAAAUAAACUACCAUGGUUUUGCUUUGGCAAGAACAUUGUGGGGACAUUUAUAAUACAGCAUUGUCAACUUUGAAGACAAACACAGCGAGCUAUGUCGACCGUUAUGGCUCUUGUUUUUCUUUUUCAUUUGUGUUACUGGAUUGAGUUUGCAAUCAACUUUGUUUUAUUUUUCUAAUUACUUUUUAAUACAACACCGAAUAACCUAUCUUGUGGAACAUUUAUUGAAACGAUAUUCUGGUGUUUUCAAUAAUUUAUUCAGUUAAGAGUGAAGGGGUGCCAUGCCUGCCAGACCUAAACAUAGCACAACUCGACUACUUACCACAUUUUGUAUUCCAUUUAUUGCACACUCGUGAUUUCAGAAAAAUUUUUUCUCAUCCCUGGGACCCCGACCACAGUGUGCCUUGAGAUCGUAAAAAGUACGAUAUAUAGGUCUGAAUUUAUAGUAAGAGAAUAUCAGAAUGACAUAAAUAAUCACAUAUCACAUAAUAUACAUAUUAGAUACAUUCCCGAUAUAUCGCCGUUAGGCUAAAACAAUUACAUGGUUGGAAAGCUUUGUAGACCCCAAAUAGAUAAAAAUAGAUAAAAUAGAUAAACAAAUUAAAGUAAAAUAUCAUCUCGACCCCAAAGUUGCAAUCAGUGACAGUGGGCGUAUUGGUUCCGCCGACAACAGUUUUCUUAUCUUAAAUACUAAUUGUCAUACAAGUCUGGUUCUUUUUCCGGAAAUACGAGAUAGCAAUGAAACCACCAUGAUAAUUAAAAUGUCAAAUAAUUGAAACUUAUUCGUAAAAUGGGUUUCAUUCUUGUCAAAAAUCAUCUAUAAAUCAACUGUGACCGUAUAACUCGUCAA